AUGGCAGAUCUUCCGGAGGCGCGAGUAAACGAGACGCCCGCGUUUCUACACACCGGUGUCGACUUCUUCGGACCGCUGUUCAUUAAAGAAAGAAAACUACGAAAUCGAUCGCGAAUCAAGGCAUACGGAUGCCUUUUUGUGUGUAUGACUACGAAGGCCGUACAUGUAGAAAUUGUAAGCGACUUGACGACGGACGGAUUUCUGGGAGCUUUCCGUCGCUUUACCGACCGCCGAAGCAUUCCGGAGCAUGUGUACUCCGACAACGGUACAAACUUCGUAGGCGCGAACAAUCAGCUUCGCGAACUUAACGCCCUAUGCCAAUCGGAAUUCUUUCAAACUACUGUCGAUACAUUCGCGGUCGCCAGGAACAUCAUCUGGCAUUUCAAUUCCUCCCUCUCGCCCCAUUUUGGUGGGCUCUGGGAGGCGGCGGUAAAAUCUUUUGAGCACCAUUUUAAACGCGUGAUAAAAGAGCAACUGCUUACAUUCGAAGUACUCAAUACGCUAGCAAUUGAGAUCGAAGCGAUAUUAAAUUCGCGUCCGCUUCGCUCGAUUUUAUCCGAUCCGAAUGACCCGAUAGCGCUGACUCCCGCUAUUUAA